UUUGCGUGCUCUCCUUCGAAAAACAAGCCGAUUGUUUUGAUUGUAAUUUAAUGGUGCAAAAGGGAGUGCCAAAUCAACAGGAAACGGAAUUUAAUUUUCGGUGCUGAAAAUUGAAGAAUCGGUGCAAAUUUUAUAAUGCCCCAAAGCCGCAGGAAGGUUCCGUUCAGCGGAAAGCAAAAAAAGCAGCAACUGCUCGCGAAAAAGCAGGCAAAAUCGAGCACCUCGCACAACAUCAUCCGGAAGUUGCGCGAUGAGGAAUCCAGCGACAUCAGCGAGGACAGCGACUUCCCGAAGACGUUCCACGAAAACGUGGAAAAGAUCAACCUCCAGCCGACGAAGGAUCCCCGCAGCAAGGCAAAUCGGUACGUGCUGCAGUUCCACCGGGAAACCGGCAAAGAGUUGCGCGAAAUGAAGGAGGAAGCGCUGAAGGCGUUGGUGCCCUGCGGACCGGAAGAGCUAGAGCUGGCCGACAACUACUUUGUCGGGUAUGAGUUUCCGAAGCGGCCCAAGUGGACCUACGAAAUGUCCAAGGAGCAGCUGGAUAGUAAUGAGAAUCGGUACUUUUUCAAAUACAUCACAUAUAUGGAAAAGACGCAUUACGAUGAUAUGAAAUCUCUAAGCUUCUGUGAGCUGAAUUUGGAAACCUGGCGCCAGCUUUGGCGGGUGCUGGAGCUGUCCGAUAUUGUGCUGGUGAUUGUGGAUGCUCGUUUUCCAACGCUGAUGUUUCCGCCAUCGCUCUACCACUACGUUACCAAAGAUCUCGGCAAGGGUAUGAUCCUGGUGAUCAAUAAGGUGGAUCUCGUCCAACCGGAAGCGGUUCUUGCGUGGAAACGCUACUUUCAGCAAACGUACAAAGACAUAAAGAUUGUUCUGUUCACGUCCUAUCCGUCGUACAAUCUGCGCGGGAAGCAGGAAAGCAAGCAAGGUUUGAAAAUCCGCCGGCGCAAGGGACGAAUGCGCAUGGCCGCCGAAGGAGCCCAGCAGAUCUACGGCAUCUGUCGCGAGUACGUGGGGGACGAGGUAGAUCUAAGCUCGUGGCAGCAGAAGAUUCUCGAGGAACGUAGCGCCCCCAUGGAUGUGGACGGCGAAGACGACGAAGCCUGCGAAGCGGAGAGAACUCACGAGGAGGAGAAGGAUUUCUCCUUUGAAGAGCAUGUGAAGUUCAAGGACGGUGUGCUGACUAUUGGGUGCGUCGGUUUUCCCAACGUGGGCAAAUCAUCCUUGCUCAACGCUGUCAUGGGCAAAAAGGUGGUCUCGGUUAGUCGCACCCCGGGCCACACGAAGCAUUUUCAGACGAUCUUCCUGACCAAUACGGUCCGGCUCUGCGAUUGCCCCGGAUUGGUCUUUCCGUCGGCCGUCCCACGAAAGCUUCAGGUUCUGAUGGGCAGUUAUCCGAUCGCCCAAUUACGCGAGCCUUAUGCCUCUAUCAAGUUCCUAGCCGAGCGACUGGAUCUUCCGGCUUUACUCUCGUUGAAACACCCGUCCAACGAUCCCAACGAGCAGUGGUCGGCCAUCGACGUUUGCGAUGCCUGGGCCAUCAAACGUGGAUUCCUCACCGCCAAAACGGCCCGUCCGGACACUUACCGCGCCGCUAACAACAUCCUCCGGAUGGCCCUAGAUGGUAAGAUCACCCUGUCCCUGAAACCCCCUGGCUUCCACCAGAAUCUUGACACCCUGCAGUCCGAUCCAGAGUUGACGGCUGUUCGGGAAAUUCAAGCCCUGGCGUCCGAGAACCACGACAGAGACGUGGACGACGACGAUUACAUAUCGGAUACGGACACGGAGGACGUGGCCGGUGCCGCCAGUAACGACGCCGACAACGAGGAAGACGAAGAAGGCAACUCGACCCUGUCGCCGGUCAGUGCCAAGAUGUCCAACCCGUUCUCGCUGCUCGGCAGUCCGGAGUAAAAUCAUCUACAAAACGAACUAAAAUGUUAUCAUGAAACCCUUUUUGAACUAGUUAUACGCUUUUUACUCAACAUAUGAAUAUUUUACUGAAAAAUCACUGAUCGAAACUGCGAGACUGCGAGCGAGAGGAAGGCGGAGAGAAAGCAAAAGAAGCCCGGAAGUGCGUGAUGUGCUCUGUAUUGGAGAUAAAUACAUAGAUAGUAAGGAUUUGCACGCGUUUGUUACGUAUAUUUAUUGUUACACACUACCUACUUCACACGAUCUAAGUAAAAAAGUCUCAACAGCAUUCUAAAACAGAAUUACCUGGUACCGUAUUUUGCCCCAUUUGCGCAAUAAAGUGGCCAUAUGUAGCUGAA